AUGGAUAAACCAUCUAGCUCUUCACCAAAAAAAAAGAAGACUAGAGGUGUCACAGCAUUGCUACGUUUCAUUGCCAAACUUCCUGAUGGUGAAAAAUACCAAAUUGAUUUUGAUCCUGAUACCUUCCAACCCAUUGGUCAGUAUGCUGCAAAGUUUAAAAGUUAUUUGUCAUUCAUUGCACGUAGCAAGGUUAGUAUAAAUGAAAAGCAAUGGAAAAAGAUAAGCGAUAAGUUGAAGGACGUGAUAUGGGACGAUAUCACGUGUAAGUUCACUUGCCCCACUGAUAAAGAAUUUAGGAAGCAUUGGUUUGUUUAUAUGGGGGAACGAUUGAAGCAAUUUAAGACAUUGCUCUCAAAUGUCUAUAUAUUUGGGAAAGGAGAUAAGCAUGGAAAUACAACUCCAUUUGAAAAGUAUAAAUUUAUCAAAGAAGAAGAUUGGGAUUUGUUUGUCCAGACUCGACAAAAAGAAGAUUUUCAAGAGAAAAGGCUAAAAGGAAAGACACAUGCAUCAAAGAAUAUCCACCCUCAUAUUUUGUCUCGUGGUGGUUAUGAAAAACUUAGGGCCACCGUAAUGGAAGAGAGGAGGAAAAAAGUGAUUGAAGAGGCCAAAGGUGAUGAAAGUUUGAUGGUUGACCCUCCCGAACUAAAGCGAUAUGAGGCAUGGUUGAUGGCUCGACAGAAGCCAUCGGGAAAUUUUACAUCUGAGGCAACAAACUUAGUAGCAUCUAAGAUUGGAGAGUUAGUGGAAAAAAAUACACAAGGUACUAUUGUCUUUGAAGGGCGUGACGAUAUCUUGACUGUUGCCCUUGGAAUAAAUGAACACCCUGGUCGGAUCCGCACUGCUCCUAGGGGUGAGGUGUCUCUCAAGAUGACCUUCUAG